CCGAUAUGAGUGAUACUCCCGCUGCUGAGAACGAGAAACGACCCCAGUUUGGAACACGCCUACUAACGGACAGCGACGACGUCUUCAAGCACAAUGCUUGGUAAAUAUGGGAUGCAAAUCCUCCGGAGAUUGGCCAGCAAAACUUGGGAACACACUCGCCAACGCAAGAAACCAGCGGGAGCUGGCAGCCGGGUUCUCACCGAUGCGCGAGAAGUGUUCGAGUUUAACGCCUGGGACCACGUGCAAUGGGACGAGGAGCAGGAACUUGCCGCACAGACAGCAGUGGCCAAGAACUCGGCCAGCAAAAUGGACGAGGAGGACAAACACCGCUUCCAGGCAGACGCUCCCAAGUUCUGGGAUUCAUUUUACGGCAUCCACGAUAACCGCUUCUUUAAGGAUCGCCACUGGCUAUUUACAGAGUUCCCGGAAUUAGCUCCUUUGGCCAAGGAAUCAACGGAGCAGCAGCAUCGCAGCAUCUUUGAAUUAGGAUGUGGCGUUGGAAACACCAUUCUACCCCUGCUGCAGUACAGCUCCGAAGCGCAGUUGAAGGUUUUUGGCUGCGACUUCUCAGCCCGGGCCAUUGAAAUCCUGCGUAGUCAACCCCAGUUUGAUGAGAAGCGUUGCGAGGUGUUCGUAAUGGAUGCCACACUGGAUCAGUGGCAAGUGCCCUUUGAAGAGAACUCACAGGACAUCAUCGUAAUGAUAUUCGUGCUGUCCGCCAUUGAACCCAAGAAAAUGCAACGGGUGCUGGACAACUGCUAUCGCUAUCUGAGACCAGGAGGCCUGCUUUUGUUCCGGGAUUACGGAAGAUAUGACCUUGCACAGUUGAGGUUCAAGAGUGGCAAGUGUUUGGAGGACAACUUCUAUGUGCGGGGCGAUGGCACGAUGGUGUACUUCUUUACGGAGGAGGAACUGCGGGCAAUGAUGACCCAAGCGGGGCUAAAGGAGGAACAGCUCAUUGUGGACCGAAGGCUGCAGGUCAACCGCGGUCGGGGCUUAAAGAUGUACCGCGUAUGGAUUCAGACAAAGUUUAGAAAACCGCUUUAGUGCAAUUACGUUUAGUCUGCAAUAGAAAACUUAGGACACACAAUCGUAAACUCAACCUAUUACAUUUAAACUGUUGUAUAAACUUGUAUAAUUAUUAAGUCAAUACUUUCCUUUUUUUAAUGUGUGAGAAAGCUUAUAACUUAAAAUUAUAAUGCCAAUCUAUAACACACAAAACUCUUACUAUUAUAAUAACAAAGUUAAUAAAUUUGUAAUUCUGAAAAACCAUAAAA